AUCAAGGAGGAGGCACUGGCCUGCCGCGAGACAGCCGCGCUGUUCGAGAUGUCGUACUUCGGCAAGCUCUACCUCACGGGCCCGGACGCGCAGGCUGCAGCCGACUACGUGUUCACGGCCAACAGCCGCAAGCCCAUGGGCAGCACCGUCUACACCUGCAUUCUCAACAAGCGCGGCAAGGUGGAGGGCGACCUGACCGUCAGCGUCAUCGAGACGGGCCAGGGAAGCCCCGCGGACCCCAUCAUCAGGGGACGCGGCUUCUACGUGGUGUCUGGAGGCGCCACCUCGCAGCACACGCACGCGCACGUCAUCCAGGCCCUGCACGAGCGCGGCUUCCGCGUCGACGUGUCCGACAUGACGAACCGCAUCGGCGUCCUCUCGGUGCAGGGCCCGAACAGCCGUGAGCUGCUGCAGGGCCUCGUCGACGUGGACCUGGACGACGGCUCGUUCCCCAUGUCGACGACGCAGAUGGUGAAGAUCGCCGGGCACCGGGUGCGCGCCAUCCGCCUGUCGUUUGUCGGCGAGCUCGGCUGGGAACUUCACAUCCCCGUCGAGUCGUGCAAGGCCGUGUACAAGGCCGUGCGCGACGCCGGGCAGCGCUACGACCUGCGCAUGGCCGGGUACCGCGCCAUGUACGCCCUGUCGGCCGAGAAGGGGUACCACCUGUGGCACUCGGACCUCCGCGCGGACGACAGCCCGCUCGAGGCCAACCUGGGCUUCACGUGCAGGGCCAGCGGCGACUACCAGGGCCGGCAGGCCGUCGAGGCUGACCGCAAGCAGGGCCUCAAGAAGAAGCUGGCCUUCUUCACCCUCAACGACAAAGUGCGUCUGAACGGACUCGAAGCCAUUCUGCGGAACGACCAGGUAGUGGGUUAUCUGAGGCGAGGUGACUACGGAUUCGCACUGGACUGCCCUAUUGGUACAGGCUACGUGAAGCACCCCGAGGGCGAUAAUGUGACUGACGAGUUCCUCAAGGAAGGGAGGUACCAGCUGGAAGUGAUGGGGCAGAUGCACGACGCCACCCUCCAUCUGCGAAGUCCCUUCGACCCGGAGAACAACCGCCUCAGAGGCAUUUACGAUGUGUCCGUCACCGCACGUCAGUAGCUGCCCAACCCUUUCCCCGAGUAACACGACUGAAUUGGAGAUUUCGUUUAGAAGAACGAGUCUGCCACUCAGAAAACUUACUAGACAGGCCGACCGGCCAGUCGCCUUCAUUUUCGUUGUUCAAUGUCAAGUGACGACAGUCUGAGCACCCUGGAUUUUGCCUACCGACGUUUUAAAGGUGGAUUGAUAAUUGAUUUGCAUUAGUUGUUGAAACAGUGUCAGGAUCAAACUGCGGAAAUCGCUCACGUAUUAUUACAUGUGUAGUUUUCUUCUUUGUAUAUAGAUUGAAGGCUAAAUGUCUUCAAUAUGUACAGUAUUUUCAUAAGAGAAUAUGGCUGUGCUCAGGAAAACAAAGUAACUUGCAGAAACUAGUCAGCAAGGUACUGCAAUUCAAAGACUGUGAUUAAAGCCUGGGUAAUUUUAUAUGUGUAUGUAUAUAAUAAAUAUGGUAAUUUUA